UGCUUCCUGCUUCACGGUGCGUUUUGUUAUUGAAGCGGAGCUCCUUUAAAUAUGAGGGGAAAAGUUGACGGUCGUAUUUAAUGAAGUUGGAAAAAUGAAGGGCUUAAUUCAACUGUAACGCAGCCACAUAUAAAGACACGUUUAAGAUGUCAGGAGCUUAUGAGCAUAACAGGAAGCGGCGCCCCCCCAAAACGUUCUUGAUCUCGACCGACCUGAAGGUCCAGGACCAGCUGGACGGUACCAUUCGGCUGCAGCGGGGGUUCAUCUGCCAGGAGCAAGAUUUGGGGAAAAACAGAGGGGACUACCCCUGGGUCAAGGUGUUAGACAAUGGCCUCAUGGUAAAAAUAGAAAGGAAGCUCCUGCUUGAAGUCCCAACUGAACUCACUGGCCUGCUGGAGCCUGUAGUGGAUCCUGAAGCUCGUCUAAAACUUCUAACCAAUCCUGGGAAGCUGCAGCACUUCGCUGCUCUGCCUCUUGAUUCCCCGCUGUGGGUCCAAAUAGGGCAGCCGGACGAGCUGGCAGAGGCAGAGCUUAAGUACAUCGGGCCGCUGACCAGAGGAAGCAGCGCUGUGUAUUUUGGGGUACAACUCAAGGGUUCAGCAGUCGGUAGAGGGUCGGGCAACGGUUCCUAUAAAGGUCACCGGCUCUUCACCUGCCCUGAAGCCUGCGCUCUCUUCCUCCCAGCCAGUCACAUCCGACUCCGCCACUGGUCCCGCAGCAAUAACUCAGACGCACAUGAGCGACCUCGCGACCGAGACCACCGCAGCAGCAGCAAUAAUCCCCCCAGCAACGGGCACCACGGCAGCAAUGACCGUCCAAACCAUCACCAGCAGCCCCAGCAGCAUGGCCGUCAUAUUAGUUUCCACCAGCAUCGUCCCAGUAGCCCUCCUCAGUCGCACGGCAUCCUCCCACGAACCGCGGAGUCGGCACCCAUCAUGGCUCACAACCAGAUGCGAGGCCCGGCGUCGCCUCCGUUGUUCCAUGUUGGCCAGCGGGUGUGUUUCCCCCUGGAGGACGCCGUCUACGCAGGGGAGGUGCUCUUCUGUGGUCCCCUGCCUGGCCGGUCCUCAUCAGGAAUGUAUGUCGGAGUCCUUCUGGACACUCCUGUCGGUAACUGGGACGGAUAUUACAAAGGAGAGAAGCUCUGCCACAUUCCUUCCCGUAUAUAUGGAGUCCUGCUGCCAGUGACCAAAGUUUCCUCAGAACAAAAGUCCAACCGUCACAACCCUCCUUUCCAACUUCCCAAAUCCAUCCUGAAGCCAGCCCUGCCCCCUGUCACUAAAUCAGUCCCAGUAUCACCGCCUGCCUUUGCUCCCAAGAUCGCCCUGAUGCCCCCAAGCAAGUCGGUGCUGAAGCCUCCUCCUUUACCUCCACCCAAACCCCUCCAGAAGCCCGUGCUGCCUCCCCCUCUACCGCCCCCCAAACCCCAAAGCCCAACAUCGCCAACCGCUGACGACCAGCUGCAGUACACCAACGGCAUUCACAGCCCUCCCUCGCCUCUGAAGUCUCCAGAUGAUGGUGACGGUGUUGGGGAGGAUGGAGAGGCCGGACUGGGGGGCGACCUGGAGGUGGGGUCGAUGGUUGAAGUGAAUGACCCGCCGCUGUUUGGGGUUAUUCGCUGGAUUGGACGGAUUAGUGGCGUCUCAGAGCCGGUGGCAGGACUCGAGCUGGACCAGGAGCUGUCUGCUGGCACAGAUGGCAGUUACCUCGGUGAACGUCACUUUCGCUGCCCGGCUAACAAGGGGCUGUUCGUCAAACUUCGAAACUGUAGGCGGGACUCCAGGUUCCCCGCUCCUGAGACGCCUGUCAAUCAAGUGGAGCGAUGCAACUCUAUAGCCUUUGCGGAGUGGGGCAGUGAGCGUGUGGAGGAGCACACUCCUCCUGUGGACGGCGACGAGGCCAGAGAGCUCUACCAGGGCUGGAAGAGAGGCAUCCAGGGCCACCUCAACUCCUGCUACCUGGACGCUACGCUGUUCAGUCUGUUCUCCUGCUGUAGUUCAGCAGACUGGGUGUUGUUUUGGCCCUCUGACCCUGAAACUGACCAAAGCGCCAGUCAAGCUCAGGACCUGCUGCGCUGUGAGAUAGUCAACCCGCUGCGAAAGUAUGGCUAUGUGUGUGCCAGUAAGACCAUGGCACUGAGGCGACUGCUGGAAGCUGCCAACAGUGACACUGGCUUCACCAACCAGGAGAAAGAUCCCGAGGAGUUCCUCAACAGGCUUUUCCAGCUCCUCCGAGUCGAGCCGCUCCUCAAGAUCAGAUCAAUGACCCAGCAGCCUCAGGAGUGUCAUCUUUACCAGCUCUUCCCGCCUACCCUUCCCCCCUCUCCCUCUUCACCCUUACCCCUCUCCCCAGUUGACUCCCCCAUCCCCCUCUCAUCACCAUCGUCCAGGCGGAUGAGGGUCGCCAGUGUCCAGGCCCUGCUGGAGUCCUCGUUCCUCCACGCCGGCCUCAAGUUUGUCGAGGCUCCCUCCUGCCUCUUACUGCUCAUGCCAAGGUUCGGGAAGGAUUUCAAAAUGUUUGACGCCAUCUUGCCCACCCACAGCCUGGACAUCACAGACCUGCUGGAUGACACUCUGAGACAGUGCAGUAUUUGUCAGGCUGUUGCUGAGUGGGAGUGUCUGCAGUGUUACGAAGACCCAGACAUCACUCCUGGACGUCUAAAACAGUACUGCCAGACCUGCAACACACAGGUCCACAGUCACAAAAAGAGGGCGUCCCACAGCCCGGUGAACAUCGGUGUGCCCGGGGGGCCGUGGACGGGUUCUCUGCACUGCACCCGCCAGCGAAUGUCUCUCUUUGCUGUGACGUGCAUUGAGACCAGCCAUUAUGUGAGCUUCAUCAAGCACGGACCCCUCCCCACCGACUGGCUGUUUUUUGACAGUAUGGCAGACCGAGAAGGAGGCGAGAACGGCUUCAACAUUCCCCGGGUGAAAGCGUGUCCCGAGGUGGGCCGCUACCUCAGCCUGUCGGAGGAGGAGCUGAGCAGAGUGGACUCUGCCUCCUUGCGAGAGCCCGCCCGCCGCCUGCUCUGCGACUCCUACAUGUGUCUGUACCACAGUCCUGAGCUCAGCCUGUACAAGUGACAUGGAGACUCCACACAGGCGACACACACAGAUCCUGCAAACUGAGAAGGAUUAAAGACACCUUAGGGCUGUACCACAAAGCCAGUUCGACAUUAAGAUAAUGGGCAUCACAAGGGUGGUCAUCAGCAUGCUGUGUUAACCAGAUGUUCUUCACAUGAAAGUGGGCAUUUGAUGCGUCUUCUGACUCUUCUUCUGUACAAAAUGUACCAGUCGUUUGCUGCCUACUUCAGUCCAGUGGAACAUAGACAGCUGUGAGGAAUAUAAAAACGUAUUCCUGUAAAAAGCGCUGUUACUGCAAAUGAUGCAAGAGAGGAAUGCUCGUAGAAAACUGUUAAUGAUCUAAAUUACUAUAUUUAUUUGACCACUCAGUGACUCUCAGCUACUUAUGUCUAAUGUGACAGCUGAGACUCUGUAUGAGUCGUAGAAGUUAUCAUCAGAAAAAUAAUUUUAAAAGAGUGAUGCUUCUUACAGCUGAUUCAAAUCCCACACUGAACAGAACCUUCUCUGGAGCUGGUUAGCAGCGCAGCAUGAGUUACAGUAGUUAUCUAGCUGGUUAAAAGUGAGCCGCCUUCGUGAUGCUGAAAACUUUGACUUUAGGCUCAACGUAUCUUGCUAAUAAGUUUAUCUCACUUUGCAGUACAACCCUCUUGUCCUCAGGUUUUUUGUCUUAUAUAGCUGUCAGAUGAAAACAUUACACUGGUAUAACAAAGUAUAGGAGAAGAGCAGCCUUGUUGUCACUGUGAGCAACAUCUAUUUAUCACUUUUUCCAGCAGAAUAUGAAAUACUAAAAAACCACUCAACACAGGUAGUCAGCUUCCUUGGCCUAAAAUGCAGUUUCUCAUGAAUUACCAUGACAUUCACAGACCUCAGCAUCCAAUCUACAUCUCCAGACUACUGGUUUUGCACUCAGGGCAAAGUACUAGCGAGCAACAUUUUAAGAGUCGAGAAUAAAUAUUUAGUUUUUUUUGUGUUGCUACUGUUGCAGUUUUUCCACCAAGAACAAAAUGACAGUUCUUUAUGUAGAUGUACCAUAGUUUAAUCAGAGCCUGAGAAUAAGUUGCUGUCACGUCAAAUAAAAUAAAAACAUGACAGUUACAGCAAUGUUUAGACAGGUCAAAUGUGCCUUAUGAACAAAUGUGCACUGUAGUUUGUUGGUAGAUACAGAGCUUUGCACACUCGUGAACUUGUCGGUAAAUUACUCUGACUUCAUAUCUGAGUUUACUGUGCCUUGGACAGAACCACUGUGCCUGUACCACAUGUACACUUUACAGUUUAAUUUGCACUGCUUGGUUUACGUGUCAGUUUCUUUGUAUAUAGUAGCAUUGCCCUAAACUGACAGUAAAGAUUACACACAGAUGUUUGAACUUUUGUCUUGCUUGCAGGUUGUUCAAUCAAAUGCAGCAACAAACAACUGGGAUCAUGUCCCAGAUAAUAAAUGCUUUGAUACUA